AUGAGCCUAUACGAUCCUAAUUCUAGACAAAAUAUUCAACCUUUUGAAUUGGAAACAGAUUCAGAAGCUUCAGAUUCAGAAUUUGAACUUGAUGAAUUUUCUAUUCUAUUUUCUUCCAAACUCUCAGAUAUAACUAAUAAGUCAAAAAAUAUCUUGGAGAAAUUAUGCGAAAUAUUAUCUUUUCAAAAUGUUAAAUAUUUUUGGGGUAAAAUUUAUAUAAUAUCUUUAGAAACUAUUAAUGUUAAGAUAAAAAAUUUAAUUCUGUUACAAAUACUCAUAAUUGUCUUAAUAUUUACUCCUCUAAAUCUUUCUCAAAAUAAGGAAAACGGUUUAAUUUUUUUGAACCAAAGCUCCUUGGAUAAUGUUCUAAUUAAAUCAAAAAACCAACUAACAAAUAUUGAUUUAACAAAUAUUGUAAACCAAAGGUCUAUAAGUGAUUUCCCAUUAUCUAAAGAGCUAAUGAAGGAUAGUAGCUAUGGCACUUACAAAUUUUCUGGAAUUAUUUUUAAUCCUAAAUCCAGCAAUUUAUCAAUUGAACAAAAUCAUAAAUCCGAUACAAAAGACAUAGAAUGUAAAUAUUUAGAAUAUACAUCAGAGAUAUUCGUUUCAAAAAAAUCCAUAACGUUGGGAGAAAAAUUAGGUCCUAUAAGAAAACAUUUGUUAUCUCAGGAUAAAGACGAAAUUGAUAAAUUUAUUGCGAAACAAAUUACUAAAAAAGAAGAAAAAGGUCUAAGCAAUGAUGCCAUUGCUAAAAAGAAUUGGUUUAUGUUUGGUUCUUCCAGUGUUUGGAUGGAAAGUGAACAAUGCUUUUUAACUGUUUCUAGAUUAAUGUAUUCUCCAGAUGGAUCAAAAAAAGUUCCAAAUAUUUCUCUAAUUAGAGCACAAACCUUUGACAAAAACUGGAAAGAAAUAAAAGGGAAAAGAAUUCCAAUUUUAGAGACUGCAAUACCAAUCGAGGAUCAAACAAUAUUAAAUAAUUUAGAUUAUAAUUGCUGUAAAGAGUCAGAUCUUAAUUAUGAAGAAUGUUUAAAGAAUAAGAAUACAAGACAAGAAUUAAUUGAUAAAUAUUACGUCACAUAUCCAACUGUCUAUAAGUUCCCCAUGCUUGAGAAAAAAGUUUAUAUGGGACCGGAAGACCCAAAAAUAAUAUUGAAAAAAACAGGGAACAUAGAAGAGCCUCUAAUAGUUUUCAAUAUGGCUACUACUCAUGCAAGAAGAAUGCAUGUCUUUUCUCCACAUCGUGAAAUAAAUCGUAUAGUUGAGUUAAAUUUCAAAGGUAUUCGUGGAAUGGAGAAAAAUUGGGCGCCUUUCCUUACCAGCAAAGAUCUUGAGCCAGUUACUGGCUCACGAGGUACUAUUCACUUUGUUUAUAACUAUGAACCAUUGGAAAUAUUAAAAUGCUCUUUAGAUGAUGGUUACUGCGAAAAAGAAUAUUUUUCUUCAAAGCACUCAAAACGUAGUAAUAAGAGUAACUUUGGACAUAUUCGUGGCGGCACUCAAUUUGUUCAAUUACCAUCUGCUAUUCCAAACUUAAAAGAUAAACAAAUAUUUGUUGGUCUUGCGAAAACUCAUCUAAAUGAUUGUGGCUGUGGUUCAAGAUUUUACAGGCCGAUACUAGAUAUAAUAGUAGAAGAAAAAGGAACGUACUAUCAUGAAUUGAUGGUACCAUCUAUGGAUUUCAAUAUAAAAGUUUUAAAUUGGGACUUGGAUUCUGAUAAGUGUAAAUUCUAUAACAUUUUAUCACCUAAUUCUAUUGCAUUUUGGGAUAUAAUUAGACAAGAUCCCAAGACCAAAAAUUUCGAAGAUGUAUUGGUUUUUACAUUCAGUGAAGCAGAUGAACUUUCGAAAGUAAUUAAUAUAAAGGGCCUUUUAAAUUAUAUCUUACAGAUGUACGCUAAGAAUGAUAUUAGCGAAAGCAAAACAGUUUCAGCUAACAAUGAUAUAGAAUUACAGAAUUCGAUGAAGUGUGUUAGAAGUUACUCUCAAAACUCAUGUAAGAAGUAUGGUGAAUUAUAUGCUCAAUGA